UAAAACAAAUAUUUUAAAUGUUCAGUCGAGAAACGGUCGUCAAGAUGAAAGCAGCUGCCAAGUUCGGUCUCAUUUUCCUAGUGCUUCUCAGUGUAGUGUUCGGUUUCUCCUCGGCACAAAGUCAACUACGACGACAGUAUGAGACCAAUCGCCGAACAUCUAGUGAGGGUGCCGUUCGUGAACGGGAAGGUCCGGUGAAAGUUCUACCAGUACGGGAGCCUGUCCGGGAACCAGUCCGGGAGUCAGUCAAGUCUGCUCCAGCUGCAUCCGAAGAAAUUGAUCCAGAACUGUCGGAAAACUGUCCGGAGCCCAACGGGUACUUUGCCGAUGCGGAACAGUGUGAUAAAUAUUAUGCAUGCCGUUACGGGCAAAUUACCGAAAAACUGUGUCCGGAUGGUAUGGUGUUCAACGACUACGAUAUCGAUCAGGAGAAAUGCGAUCUGCCGUUCAAUAUUGACUGCAGCAAACGACCGAAGCUUCAAACUCCCAUACCCUCGAUGCAUUGUCCUCGUCAGAAUGGAUACUUCGGCAGCGAGACAGGGGCAUGUGACAAGUUCUAUUACUGUGUAGAUGGAAAGUUCAAUAUGAUCAUCUGCCCGGCGGGACUGGUCUUCAAUUCAAAAACCGGAAUAUGCACAUGGCCCGACGAAGCUGGCAAGAGCGGAUGCACUUCCAAAGAUGUGUUCAACUUUUCUUGCCCAAAGGUGGAUGAAAGCGUCGGCCUAACUCACCCGAGAUAUGCUGACCCCGAUGACUGUCAGUUCUUCUAUGUGUGCAUCAAUGGUGAUGUUCCGCGUCGCAAUGGCUGCAAGCUGGGACAGGCGUUCGAUGAGUCCACCAAGCACUGCGAAUGGGCACGAAAGGUUCCAGAUUGCGCCGAUUGGUACAAGGACCGUUUGACAGAUGCCCAAUUGGAUGAUCUGGAGAAUCCACCCACCACCAAGGCUCCUGCACCGAAGGGACCAUCGAAAGUUUCCCGUCGUCGGCCGUCCAAGCGACCGAAGCAGCCUGUGGAGGACGAAGAGGAGUAACAGGUGUUACUCGUAUCCAAAUUUAACUCUUUUCUCUUGAAAUACUCAUAAUAAAAUGCUCCUCUUAUGUCUGAAUAAGACUAUCAGUACUGUAAUUUAUUGAUUUCUUUCACCUGUAGAAAAUGUACUCAAUAAAAAUAGAUAUUAAUUAGAUUUAUGUAAAC